AUGAAGAACGCUUGCCUGUGGUUUUUCCCCCUAAAAAGGCUUGUUGCUCUUUGGUGCCUGUGGAUUUCUGCAGUUUACUGUGCUUUCUCAAGGAACUGUCAAAACUUAUGUGCAAGUAACCUGGAAGGAGAACUUGGAAUUACUAACCUUUGCAAUGUUAGUGACAUCACUGGAGCGUGUACACAGGGAUGUCAGUUUUGGAAUGCAACCGUGCAAACUGACUGUCCACUGAAAUGUAAUGAGACAUACACUAGAACAUGUGAGACAGUUUCCUGUAAGUUUGGCUGUAGCUGUGCAGAGGAUGCAUAUGGAGUUGAAGCACUAAGCUACUUGAACAAACCUAGCGCUCCAUUUGCAUCUGCCAUUGGAAACCACAGCAUCACAUUAGGGUGGAAGGCAGCUAACAUCUCUGGGGUGAAAUAUGUUAUCCAGUGGAAGUUCAACAAGCUCCCUGGUGACUGGAGGUACACAGAGGUGGUAUCUGAAACUUCAUAUAGCAUCAAAGACCUUCAGGCCUUCACAGAAUACAUAUUUCAAGUGGUUUGGAUCAUUACAUCUCAGCUGCAGCUCCAUUCUCCACCCAGCCCCAGCUACCGGACACAUGCUUGUGGAGCUCCUGCAACAGCUCCUGUCAUUAAAGACAUUCAGAGUUCAAGUCCAAACACUGUUGAAGUUAGUUGGUCUCCACCACUUUUUCCAAACGGAUUGAUUAUUGGAUAUAACUUGCUCCUGACCAGUGAGAAUCAUGAAUUGCUGAGAUCCUCAAGAAGGCACAGCUUUCAGUUCUACUCCACCUUCCCAAACACAACUUACAGGUUCAGUAUUGUGGCUGUUAAUGAGGUCGGCGCUGGACCCCCUGCUGAAGCCAACGUCACCACCCCAGCAUCCAAAGUUAAGGAAAAAGCAGCAUGGCUCUUCCUUUCCAGAAAAGAGUCUUUAAGGAAGAGAUACACAGGACAUUUCCUUGAAGCUGCUCAGUGCCUGCCAAAUGGUGCUGUACACCACAACAUCACAGGUAUUUCUGUGAAUAUUUAUCAGCAAGUUGUCUAUUUUUCUGAAGGGAAUUCUAUCUGGGUGAAAGGAGUUGCAAAUAUGUCUGAUGUAUCUGACCUAAUGCUCUUUUAUGCUGGCUGGGGGAAUAUUGUGUCCAUCUCAGUAGACUGGCUUUAUCAGAGGAUAUACUUUGUCAUGAAUGAAAAGAUACAUGUGUGCCACUUAGAGAACUGCACGGUAGCUGAAGACAUCACUCCUCUUUACGUGAGGUCCCCUAGGCAGGUUAUAGCUGAUCCCUAUAAUGGUUAUAUCUUCUGUCUCCUGGAGGAUGGCAUAUACAGAGCAAACCUUCCUCUCUUUCCUGGCACUGCCUCCUCAGCUUCACUGGUGGUGGGAUCCAGUGCUCUGAGAACCUUCACGAUUGACUUCCAAUCUAAAAGACUCAUUUUCUUCAACAAAACAGAACAGGCCUUUGUGUCAGGUUUUCUUGAUGGUUCAGAGUUUCACACACUGAGAUCACACGUGCCAUUUAAUGAUAUGGAGAGCUUCAUUUACAAGGAUGACUCAUUUACAGUCACAGAUGGCUCAGCAGUUUUCCAUGAAGAGGUCUCUCCAGUGGGAAGUUCUAGCUUCAAUGAGUACAUUGUGGACUGCAAUUUGCUGUACCCAGAGUAUUUUGGCAUUGGCAACUUGGUUGUCUAUGGGCCAUCAACUCAGCCUUUUCCUUUACCAACUGCUCCUCACCUUGUCACGGCUCUAUUUGGAUUGGACCAAGCUGUGAUCAGCUGGAGACCGCCUGAACACGCCAUUGGAACCAGUUUAUCUGCUUGGCAGAACUGGACCUAUGAUGUGAAAGUGUCACCUCAGCACCCAUUUGAGGAGGAAUGGGUUGUCUCAAAUAUUUGUAACACAAGGUUUACAGUGAAUGAGCUGGCCAGCUUCACAGCAUAUGAGGUGUCAGUCAGAGCUGUGUCUCCUGCUGGUGCAGGGCCAUGGUCAGAGUCAUUUAGAGGUACAACUUUAGAAGAAGCUGAAGAAGAACCAUAUAUAUUGGCUGUGGGCCCUGAGGGUCUCUGGAAGCAGCAAUUGGAUAGCUACAGGCAAGGAGAACUCCUCUAUCCUCAUAUAAGAAAUGUUUCAGACCUCGACUGGUAUAAUAACACUCUUUAUUGGAUUAAUUCCAUGGGGGAAGUUCAGACCUGGACAUUGAACAAAAGAAAGGGUACCAGUGAGAACACUUAUGUAUCUGACGUCAGAAAUGCAAGGAUGUUGGCCUUUGAUUGGUUGGGUCAAUGCUUGUAUUGGGCUGGCAAAGCAAAUACGAUCUACAGAAAAUCGCUGUGGGGAGGCCAUAUAGAUGUUGUAGCUCAUGUUGUGUUCCCAGUGAAGGAUCUAGUUGUGGAUUCAGUAAAUGGCUAUUUGUACUGGGUCACGAUGUAUUCAGUGGAGAGCACAAGAUUGAAUGGAGAGGAGUACCUCAUGUUACAAGAGCAGCUACAGUUUUCUGGUAAACAGGUGGUUGGUGUAACUUUGGAUCUCACCUAUGGUGUUCUUUACUGGCUUGUGCGAGACAGUCUAUAUCUAAACCUAUACAGAGCUCCUCUCUGCAAAGAAGGUUGUAGUAAUGCCAUCAUCACGGAAUUUGCAGCAUGGAGUACUUCAGAAAUAUUUCAAGGUGCACUGGAAUACUACAGUGGUCGCCUGUUCUGGAUUAAUCGGCUUCAGUUCAUUACAGUCCAGGAAAUCAAUCAGAGCCUUAGCAUUCCCUUCUCACAACCAGCACAGUUUACAGCCUUUACCCUUGUUCAGGCAUCACUUAAACCUUUGCCAGGAAAUUUUACUUCUACACCAAAAGUGAUUCCGGAUUCAGUGCCAGAGUCUUCUUUCAGAGUUAAAGGAAAUUCUACAAGUUUCCACAUCACUUGGAGUCCCUCCACAACAGUGGAAUGGGGAACUGUCUUUUACUGCGUGGGAUCAAAAGCUCUACAAGUGAGGACUCUGGAGAGUGAAGGAUGCCUUCACCCCCAUAAUCUGACAGUGCCAUCCUACCAAGUGGAUUGGCUGGAACCAUUUGCACUCUUCGAUUUUACUGUCACUCCAUACACAUACUGGGGCAAGGCACCAAUGACAUCUGUAUCCCUUCGGGCCCCUGAAGGAGUUCCUUCAGCACCUAGGAACCCUAGAAUAUAUGUGUUACAAAAUAACCUACAUGGAAGUGAUGGGAAAGUCCUUGUGGAGUUCAGGUGGGACAGACCUGAAAGGGAUAAUGGAAUAUUAUUGCAGUUCAGGGUUUACUAUCAGUUAGUGAAUCGGAGCAGCACUACUGGCACUUUCAUGGAGUGGAUUGAAAGCAAUGUUAAACCCACCCAGAUGCAGUUUUUUCUCAAGGAUGUGCUUCCCAGCCUCACAGUAAGGUUUCAGGUGCAGGCCUUCACCUCUGUAGGUCCAGGACCUUUGUCUGAUAUGGCAGAGAGGAAUUCAUCAGAUCUUUUCCCUAUCCCAACUCUAAUAACCAUUUCUGCCAGCAAGUUGUUUCUUACUGACAUAGACAGUGGUCAUACCACAUGGGAACUGUCAGCCAAGACUAAUGUAAAGGACAUCUGUUAUACUGCUAGUGAUGACAAAGCAUACCAUAUCACUGAAGAUUCUCUUUUUAUUCUCAAUAUACAGAAUGCUUCAAUGUUUCAGUUUUUCAAAGAUGCGUGUCUUCACAAUGUCACAGCCAUCACAGUUGACUGGAUUGCAAGGCAUCUCUUUGUUGCCCUGAAAACACCACAGAAUGAAACUCAAAUAUUUUUUAUUGAUCUUGAGCUCAAGAAAAAAUCUCUAAAAGCCUUGAACAAGCAGCUCAGCAAAAGUAAUUCAACUGUAUCAUCUCUGUUGUCAUAUCCUUUCUUAAGCCGCUUGUACUGGCUGGAAGAAUUUGAAAAUGGCAGUCACGUGUUUUAUUAUGAUAUUCUGAACAACACCGUGCACCACAUCUUGGGACAUGGAUUAAUAGAAAAACAGAUGAGGAACUACUGCACCUGUAACAUCACAGAAGCAGAGCUGGGAAGACCUAUGAGUAUAGAUCUGUCUGACUCCAAGAAUCCCCAGCUGCUUUUCAUCAGAAGAAGAGAUGAAAUAUGGGCCUCAGAUGUGGAUGGUUGCCACUGCUGGAGAACCCUCAGAAUACCAAGUAUUGAAGGUAAUAAAAUUGGCAGCUUGACUGCCGAUAAGAAAUUUAUAUACUGGACCGCUGAAACAAAGGAAUACACUGAAAUUUGGCUAACAGAUAAAGAAAGCAGAAGACACUUUCUUUACAAGAGAGCAAACCACUUGCUGAAAAUCUUAGCUUACAGCUCAGCAGCACAAUCUUAUCCAGAUAAAAGAUGCCUGAUUCUCUUGCCAGACACUGAGAAACCUACUAUCCUUGCUAUGACCAACACCAGUUUUACAUUAAGCUUGCCAUCUGUCACACCACAGCAGCUCUGCCCUGGCAUAUCCCAGCCUACGCCGACGUACCUGGUGUUUUCCAGACAAAUGACAAACAUAUGCAGGAACACAAGACAAUGUUUGUCUGCUCCACAGCAAACAAUAUUGGAAUAUCAGGGUCCUAUUGCUGUCUUAGAGAACCUACAGCCAUUUUCGAGUUAUGCCAUACAAGUUGCAGUGAAAAACUACUAUUCAGAUGAGGAAGUGCUGCCUGUGGGAGAAGGAACAGUUGGCACAACUCUGUAUGGAGUACCAGAGGUAGUUAACACUAUUAAAACAUUAGUUUUGUCUGACACCACCAUCAACAUAUCCUGGACUGAACCUCUGAAGCCAAAUGGACCUCUUGAAUCCAUCCGUUAUCAAAUCUCUGUCAAUUUAUUGCCUCCUAUCCCGGCGACACCUUUGCGAAAAAGUGAAUUUUCAAAUGGGAUGCUUGCCUGGUCUGUCAGUGGGCUCCAGCCUGGAACAAAUAAUUCAUUCAAGGUUCUUGCUUUUCAUCCUGAUGAGAACUGGUUUUCUGAAAGUGUCCCUGUCAUUGCAAAAACUUUUGAGACUCCAGCUGCACCUAUCAACAUAGUCCCCAGAAACACCAGUUUCCAGCUAGAAUGGAGAGCUCCUCUGCACAUCAGUGAAAGCAGCUUCUGGUUUGAGCUGCACAAGUGGCCAACAGAAAGUGACUGGUUUUCUCCUGCAAACACUACAUGCAUAGGAAAUCUUGUUUACAAAUGCAACCUCACAGGAACUCUUCCUUGGACCAACUACUUUGUAAGAGUAACAGUAGUUUACAUUACAGGAGUGAAAAGCACUUCCUCUUCGACAAGUUUUAAAACUACAGCUGGUGUUCCCAGUAAGCCAGGAGUUCCUAAAAGAGCCGAAGACUCCAAAAACUCUUUACAGUGGGAAAAGGCUGAUGACAACGGAAGCAAACUGUCCUACUACAUCUUAGAGAGCAGGAAACAUUCUGGCAACAGUAGUGAUGUGAAGUCCACGUGGGAGGUAGUUUACAAUGGCUCCUGUGGCAGUAUUUGCACAUGGAAGGCCAAGAACUUGGAAGGAACUUUCCAGUUCAGAGCAGCAGCUGCAAAUGUGCUGGGACUUGGUGAAUACAGUGACAUUAGCAUGGAUAUAAUUUUGAGUGAAGAAAAAAUGAUGCCCAUGGGCACCAUCAUUGCCAUUGCUUCUGUGGCUGGAGUUGUUGUGCUGUGUUUGGGUGUGGUCACACUCUUCAGUUUUGUAUGGAAACAAAGACUGAAAUCCAGAAAACCGGCCUUGCCUGGACAGAUAGUGUUUAUCAAGGAAGACAAAGAACUAGCUCAACUCAGGGGGAUGGCUGAGACAGUGGGACUAGCCAAUGCCUGUUAUGCCAUACGCACUCUUCCUUCUCAAGCAGAGAUUGAAUCACUGCCAUUUUUCCCUCGGGACAAACUCAAUUUACACAAAUUGUUGGGAAGUGGAGCAUUUGGAGAGGUGUAUGAAGGGACUGCAGUAGAUAUCCUGGCAGAUGGAAGUGGAGAAUCCAAAGUAGCAGUCAAGACUUUGAAGAAGGGUGCGACAGACCAUGAGAAGAGCGAAUUCUUGAAGGAGGCACACUUAAUGAGCAAAUUUGAUCAUCCUCACAUUCUGAAGUUACUCGGUGUGUGUCUGUUAAAUGAACCUCAGUAUCUUAUACUGGAGCUGAUGGAAGGAGGGGAUCUACUUAGCUAUUUACGAGGAGCCAGAAAGAAAAAGCUCCAGAGCCCUUUACUGAGAGUCACUGACCUCUUGGAUAUAUGUUUGGAUGUUUGCAAAGGCUGCGUCUAUUUAGAGAAAAUGCAUUUUAUACACAGGGACUUGGCUGCUCGCAACUGUCUUGUGUCUGAGAAGGAAUACAGGCGUUCAUCCCGGAUAGUAAAGAUUGGUGAUUUUGGACUCGCCAGAGACAUCUAUAAAAAUGAUUAUUACAGAAAAAGAGGAGAAGGUCUACUCCCUGUCAGAUGGAUGGCUCCUGAAAGCCUUAUUGAUGGUGUCUUUACGAGUCGCUCUGAUGUCUGGGCUUUUGGAGUACUAGUGUGGGAAACAUUAACUUUGGGUCAACAGCCAUAUCCAGGUUUGUCCAACACAGAAGUUUUACACCAUGUACGAUCAGGAGGAAGGCUGGAAUCUCCAAACAAUUGUCCUGAUGACCUAUGUGAUUUAAUGAAAAGAUGCUGGUCCCAAGAACCUCACAACAGACCUACUUUCUCUUGUAUUCAUGACAAACUGCAAGAGAUAAGACACUCUCCACUGUCCUUCAUCUGCUGCCCUGAAAACAGAGAGGCAUCAGCUGGAGUCAUCAAUGAAGCUUUUGAAGAUAAUGAUAUCCCACGUGCAGAUUCAGACAGCAUUCUUUCAGCCACACUAAUGGAAACAAGGAAUCAAGAGGGCUUAAAUUAUUUGGUACUAGUUAAAGAAGGCAACCCAGAUGAAGAAAGCAUCAAUUCUGCUAAAAUUAGUUAAGUCUGGUUACCACUGUUUAAGAGACUGAAGGAAGAGAAAAAACUCUUCAAAGAAGACAUAAGCCAAGGAAAAUAUUCUGUAUGUCAUCAUACUUACAGAGGUGUCUGAAAAAAAAAACCAAACUCCAAACAAUUCUUUAAUAAAACUACCAGAAAACAUAAAAAGGCUCUGAAUGGUGUGUAUCAGGAUAAGACAGCGAUUACAUAGCCUUUGAUUCUCUACUUGUCAUGGUUUGGGUGCUUCACAGGAGAUAGUUUAAAGCACAAAAACUUGUAUCAGACAGUAAGGGAUUUUACUGUGGUAAGUUUAUGCACUCACAUAUGCCUCAGCCACAAGGCAGUCCUUCCAAAAAGGGAGUACUGGUAUGCUGCUUUAAAGAACAGACCACUUGUUUGUGAAUAAAACCAAACAGUUGAAGUCUAGCUUCACUGUGCACAAACAGGAUUUUGCAAACUGAAAAAAACAACACAAAUACCAAACUCCAAAUCAGAAAGCAGCUGAAGAAGGGUGACCAGGUUGUCCACUGCUGCAGGUGGUCUGUUUCCCUAAUUAAUUUAAACAAAUGUUUGCAAUCAUCUUGCAGUUGCAUAGCAAUUGAUCUGACAGUCUGGACAGUCCUGUUUUCUUACAUUUUCUCUCCUUUCAUUUUUCAAUGUUCAUCAUCCUUGUUUAUUUUUUAUCAUACUGGGUAAAAAGAGGUAAUCUUCCUUGGAGUGUUUGGAGAUCAACUCAAAGUAUAUAAUAAAAUUUCAUACAAGUAGUCAUUGAAUAAAAGUCAGCAAUAAGCUUUUUCUAACCUUUCAUCAUGAGCAGUAGUUUGCAAAUUAUACAGAGCUAUUCACUGACAUAUUUCAGGAAGCUAAAAACAUGCUAUAAUUUUAUGCAAAUAUUUUAUAAUGGGGCACACAGGAGAGUAGUAAAGGUUCCAUCUGAUGUCAGAAUGUAUAUAUUUGUAAGAAGCAACUUCACUGCAAUCAAACUUCAAAAGUUUCUUAAACGGAGAUUCAACACAAAUGAAAAAAAAUUUGGAGUCUCAACAUUUUACUGAAAUGAAAUAGAAAUUUCUAAUUUUGAAUUAGGAUUCUUCAAAGUUCCUGAAAAAGCUCUUUCAAGAAUUAUAUAAAUAUUUUUCUUCAUCUACAAAUUAGUGCAAAAGACAGAUUUGCUAAUAAAUACAACUGCAGCACUUCGCUAUGCUCACCAGACCAUGAGCAAUGGAUAAACAAAUACUGUAUUAUGUUUCCUUCCUCUUUGAGUGCUGCUUGAUUGGUUGUACAGUGAUUCCUUCCAUUUCAGUAAUUUAAAAAUUACUAAUGUUUGCUAACCUAUGGCAUGUGCUGGCCAGAAACCAGGAGGAUCUCUUUUCUGUAGCCACCACACUUGAAUGUGUUCUGUGUGCAUAGUUUGACUUAAGUCAAGAAGACUGCUCUGUCAGCAAGCCACAGACAAAGGUUUUGAACAACAGGACUCCAUACAAUAGCUUUUUCUUUAGCAGGAGAAAUCUUCAAUCCUCCCAAAAUUUUGUAAAGACAAUACCUUUGACAGGCCUCAUGAGCACCUGUGAUGUGAUAUCCCAAGUCAAUUCGGUUUUGUGUAGGUCUGCAUUAAAAAAUCAUCAUGGAAGAGCCUAACCAACAUGUGUAAACUGGGUUAGUGGGAAAGAUGAGCAUCAGGGACAGAGAGCAGUCAGGGGUAACGCCCUCCAGGUCUUGAAGCAGUCACAAAUACACAAAGCAGUACAGAAGGAAAAAGGGGAAGGUAAUUCUUGUUGUGUUCACAUUUUGCAAGUGUUGCAAGGCAAACCUAGUUUUAAUGAAAAAAUUAGCACAACAGGGUGGGAAAGAAGUGUCAAGUUUAAUAUGCUGCCAAUAAACGAAAUCUUAGAAUAUUGACCAGCUAUCUAUGCAUUUUGUAUCUGAUAGUAUGAAAAAUGUUUUCGACAGGACAAAAAAUUAACUUAUUGAUCCAAAUUUCAGGUGAAUUCACUUGUUGAAUUCAGUGGAAGACACAAUACCUACCCUUCCCAGUAGUUGCAGUCAUCUGAAUCAUGCUCAGUGAUACAGUGUGAGCUCUGAGCAUGGCCCUACCCAUACACUGGCCAAAACUCCAUUGUCCCUCACUCAUUUUCCUGCCUUAGAGAAGUAAGUAUGCAAAUGCAACUAUUCCAUUGAGUUAUGGUAAAGCUGAAUUUGAUGCAGGCAAACUUAGCCUCCCGCCAUGCAUCCACCAAUGAUUCUACUUGAAGAGAGUUUCUUAAGCCCUCAUACUUCUGUUUCACCCUUCUCCUAACACAUCUUCAUGAUUUUACCUUCUCUGUAUUAUUGAGGUGUUGCUUCCUCUCCUCAUUCAAACUCUUCUUGAUUAUUCAUGUCUUUCUCAGCAACACUUAGUCACUAUCAGGAGGUCACUGCUUGCAUUCCAGCAGACAGGUCUGAUGGCAGUUUUCAUGCUGCUUUUUUGCCAGAGUAGGAAUGAAAGACCGCUUAAACACAUUCUCUCUUGGGCAGGGAAAUGGGUACUAUCUGGCCUGUGUUAGCCUCUAGUUUUUACCUCCUCCUAUCACAGAUCAAGGGAAAGAGUAAAAAAACCUUUGAGUUCAAAUGUCUUGACUUGCUUGGCUACGGAUUUUAAAUAAGUAUAGAUGGAUCUAAAGAUGCUAACAUCAUUUAAAGGAAAGGAUGGUAUAAGGCAUGUGGACCCAGUUUUCAGCUGCUGUAAAUGAGGUUAGAUAUGUUAAGCUAAGCUGAUUUUAUACAGCAGUAUAAAAUCUGUCUCCAAAUGUUUAGCUUAAAUUUGUCCUGAGACAUGUAGGCCCAUGCCCAGCCAGUUCCUAAAAAAAGGAGGACUAAUCUCUUUAAGUCUCCUCCAUUUUAUUGCUGAGCAUGACAUUUCAUGGCAUGGAAUACCUCUGGUUAAUUUGAGUCAUCUGCCUGGUUGUGUCCCCUCCCAAUGUCAGUCUAUUCACUGGGGAGGGGGCACAGAGUGAGAAGCAGAGAAGGCUUUGAUUUUGUGCAAGAACUUUUCAGCAAUAUCUAAAAUAUUAUUGUGUUAUCAGUAGUGUUUUGGUUGCAAAUCUAAACUACAACACAAAAUGAGCUGCUGUGAAUAAACUCCAACCCGGUACAAUCUCUAAGCUGCUGGGCAGAAAAGAUAUGUACUCCCAGGCACGGACCAGGAGAUGCCCCAGGUGAGUCUCUGGGCCGUAGCCAAUUCCUGUCUCAGGCUCUUCAGUGUUCCUUGAUGCCAGCACAAAGUCUGAGCAGCAGUGGUGAGCACGCUGCAUGCAAAUGAUGCCACACACACAACCCAUGAGUGCUGGGCUCCCAAACGGCCAUGGCUGAACUCUGAGCUGUGCUUGGAUAGACAUGGGUAUAUCAUGUCUCUUUAGCUGGUUUGUCUACAGACUUGACAUGCAUAUGAAUAGGUGAAAAAUAUUCUACUUCUGGCUGUAAUCAGAAUUUCCUACAACCCAACACAAAUGGUGUGGUUAUUAAUUAAUGUUUGCAAAUUAUUUUGUAAAUGUGAAGGGCCAUGGCAGAUGUUACUGAUUUACUAAGUCAGAAUUUUCAGUCUUCUGAAUUUUAAGUCUUCUCUCUUCAAGUCUACAGCAAGUGGUAGUACCCAGCCAUCAGUGCAUUUCUGUUUUUCAGGGUUGAUUGCAAGAGCUUUUGAGCUGGCACAUACUGAUGACCAGAGCUAUCCAAAACCCAUGUACCUCAUGCUUUUUAUUUGGCAUCCAUGAUCAGGAUACUAUGAAAGAAAAAGAAUUUUUUAUGACAAGAAUAUUGAGUUCUUAUUAGGUCAAAGAUAAAAUUAUGGAAAUGUCCAUGUAACUGAGAGAUAUGCCAGGCUCUAGCAGGAUCAUUCUCUGAUUCCCAUGUGCCACAGAGGGAGUGCCCAGUGACAUAAGCUAUGGGAAUGUGGCUGUCAAGAGGUCUGAAGGGAAAAUUUAUACAGCUUGAAAGGAUGAUUUGUUGAGAUAUGAAAGGCAAAAUACAUCCUUUGUUUUGUCACUUUGGACAAAAAAACUUUGGGUGUCAAGAUGAUUUCUUUGCCUUUUAUAUAUUUAACAUUCAGAUCUCAUCUUCUCCGGGAAACUUUACUGUCAUUCAUUCAAUGGCAUCAUCACAGGAUUUGGGAAACAAAAAUGACCACCAGAAAAGCAGCAGGUUGUAUAGCUACACUGCUAACACAAGUUUUUUUAUGUUAGUCUUUGUUAGUUGCAGAAACUCAAAAGUGGUGAGGACAAGAAAGUCAAGGACUAAAUUCACCUCAGCUUAGCUUGUCUGAGAACUACAAGCCAGGGUCCAGCACUGAGACUAAAGUUGUUGUUCCUCGGCUUUCCUGGUACCCUAGAUAACAGAGCCCAGUAACACCCUCUGGAUCACCACGUCCCUCAAAAUUUGCUUCUCUUGUCCCUUGUACAGAAGGGCACAAAUAUACCAACAGCAGAGUCACUGUACCCUUGCAUGAUGGUUUUCAGCAAAGUUUAACUAUCUAUUUGAAUUGACUAAUGUCUCCAGGUUAUUUCCUCUUUUAAAAAAAAUUUCUUUGCCAUCUGUGGCAUGCUGUCUGUGAUGAGUUGAGUCCUCAGGUGUGGCUUUACUGAGCAUAACCAGGUGAAAUUUAUCUUCUUUAAUGUGGGUUUAGGACUAUGUAUUUUAAUGGUGAAGGCAAGCUUUAGAUUCAAAUUUACCUCUUUCUACACAGAGUUGAUAUUAAUUCAGCUACGCCUGAAAAAGGAUGUUGCAGAAAAGUAUGUCUGUAAAAUAGCCCUGGCAGGUCUGUUAAUGGUUAAAAAAUUCUAACUCACUUUCAUUUAAUUAGUUCUUGAAAACCUUUGUUACACACACAAUUCUAGUUGCAGAAGAUUGCAAAUCAAAAUUGGAUUUUUCAAACAAUCAUGGCUCUAUUCAUAAUGACACUGAGCAACUCUAACUGUUAUUAUGCUUUAACUCUAAAAAAUAGCCAGAAACCCAGGGUAUCAAAGCCAAGUAAAGAUGCCAAAAUAUUGUUGUUAUUGCUACUGACAUAACUGAUACUACU